UGUGCCUGUGACAGCCACCCCGGCAGUACCUGUCCCGCCGCGGCUCUUCCUGGGCCUGGCUCGCGCCGCGGGGACUGGGCUGCCCUCCGCCGCGCGCGACCCUCGCCCCAGUAUGUCCGGCUGCCCCGCCGCCGCCGCGCUCGCCGCCUGCCGCCAGGCCUGGGAGCAGGUGUUGGCCAAGGCCAAGCGGGCCGUGGUGUUCGUGGACGCGGCGUGCGCGGAGAGCCUGCACUGGGCGGGCGGCGGCGCGGGCAGGCUGCUGGAGGCCGGCGCCCUCAAUGUCAAGGAGUUCUCCAGCUUCGAGGCGGGCGCGGCGGAGCAGCCCAAGGCGGUGUUCGUGGUGAGCAGCCUGCUGAAGGGCCGGGCGGUGGACAUCAUUCGCGACAUCGUCAGCCUCAGCCGCUUCCAGUACUGCGUGGUGUUCACCGCCGUUAGCCACGCCGUGCACCUGCUGGCCCACGGGGCGCCCGGCGGCGCCGAGCCGGAGGGGGGCAGCCAGGCGGUCUUCGAGCAGUUCGAGGAGAAACUCUGCCAGUGGAUGGGCAACAUGAACUACACCGCCGAGGUGCGGCAUGCCCCCCUGCUACUGGCGCCCAUCUCGCCUCAUCUCUUCGUGACCCCGGCCUUUGCCUCGCUCUUUCCCAUGACGCCCCAGGACCUGGCUCGCAUCAACUCCUCCAGGCCUGAGAAGAAAAAGUUUGGCAGCUUGAACGACCUGGACUUCUCCUCUCUGCCUCCUGAGCUGCAGCUUCAGAUCAGAACCCUGGUGUCUGGUUUGAACUCCUUGUUUGAGUGUUUAAAUGUGAGAGAGGAGUGCUUUGCAAUUGGGACUCUGAGCAAGAUUAUCGCAGGGGAUUUGGCGAACUACUCACAGGCCAAAAACAGGAGGAAGACAGCACAAAACCGAGCCUCUGUCAUCUUCAUAGAUAGGACACUGGAUCUGACAGGAGCAGUUGGUCAUCAUGGUGACAGCCUAGCAGAGAAGAUAUUCUCUGUGCUUCCUCGACUUCCUGGCCACACAAACGAUGUGAUGGUUAAUAUGGUGGAACUCACUGCACUGCAGACUAAAGAUGAAACUUGCAAUAUUAUAGCACCUGGCUGCUUGGCACAACCAAAACCAGGAAAAAACAGCAACCCCAAAUAUUGGAAGCUUUUUGCAGGUAGAGUCACCCCAGAACAGCUCAGUUCAUACUUUAAGCUUUUCAAAAACAAUUCCAAAGCUCUCAGGAACCACUGUGGACUUCUACAGCUUGUGCUGGCCACAAUCCAGGCUUUAAAACACCCCCAGAAUGCCAAAUGGGACAGCUUCUUAGCCUUUGAAAGGCUACUUUUGCAGAAUAUUGGUGAGUCAGAGAUACCCAGUGUUUUGAACCAGUUAUUGCCUAUGAUCAAGUCUCAUAAUGAGAGGACAGCUAAUGACUAUACCUCUGAAGACUUCCUUGUCUUGCUGGUGUAUACUUACUCUGUGGUUGGGGAAAUCAAAGCUGGAAAAGAGCUGGAUAAAGCUGAAGGAGAGGUGAAAAGGGCACUAGUCCAGACUUUUUGUGAUGAACCAGAACUAUCUUCCUUACUGCAAAAAAUAACAGGCUGUGAAUCAUCUCUUCAACUGACAUUUCAGAAGGCUACGGUUGCAGUGGACAAUAUCUUUAAGUCCCUCAGGGAUGUUACAAGAGCUCGAAUGCACAUGAAACAGUUUAAUUCUGUGUAUGUCCCAGGAAGCAAUACCUGUCAGGCCACUUACAAGCCAUUACUGAAGCAGGUGGUAGAGGAGAUAUUCAGUUCUGAUCGACCUGACCCUGUUGAUAUUGAGCACCUAUCUGCAGGCCUCACUGAUCUCCUGAAAACUGGAUUCAGCAUGUUCAUGAAGGUGAGUCGUCCUCACCCCAGUGAUCAUCCUCUCCUGAUCUUCUAUAUGGUUGGUGGAGUGACAGUCUCUGAGGUCAGAAUGGUGAGGGACCUAAUAUCCGCGCACAAACCCGGUAUCCAGGUAAUUGUGCUCUCCUCAAUGCUCCUGACACCACUUAACAUUCCUGAGUUGUUGUUUGCAACAGACCAUCUACAACCAGACAUAGGCAUCUGAAGAGUGCAGAUCUGCGGAGAAGAUAAGUGAUUUGCCUUCACUGGAAAUACCACCCUCUUGCCUGUCAUCCUUUCCGAUAUUCUUCCAAAAAUGAAUUUGUCUAAAAACUAAUUGUGGUUGUAAUUGAAAACUGAGUCGAGUGAUUUGAUAGCUGGCUGCAAGGGGACUUGCAUGGAUUGUGGGAGCACUUAAAAAUCAUUCAUUUGUUCAGUGACAUCAGGCUGACACUCGGCUCCUCCCUGCUGAAUGAUAUUGCUAACAUGGGCCCUCCCCACCGCAUUGCCCAGAGAAGAUGGCUGCCUGUAGUAAUUCCCCAGAAAGGGGGUAAUUCUGGAACAGCUGCAAAGGGCUAGAUUCUGCCACCUUACCUUUAUGGAGUAGUACUUUCCACUGGAAGUAGUCCCAAAAUGGGAUUCCUUGUAGUGUAAAGUGGGAGUAAAGGUAGCAAAACCUAGCCCUGGCUUGUUUUGUUCCCCUGCAAAACACAUGUGCCUUAGUUACGUGUUUAACUCCUUCUGCGCAGUCUGUGGCCUUAACCCCAGCAGGAGGCUAUGAAGCACAGCAGUGAACUGAGUUGUCAGUAGUAGAAUAGCAACAAGUCCACUGAUGGCUAUACUGCUGAUAGGGUAGAGGUGUAGGGAAACAUGGAUGGAGAAUCCCACCAUAAUCAAACUGGUGAGCCAUGUACUGGCUUUCUCACAGGUCCCUGGUUUCCUCUCUUGUUUGCCUCAGUCAUAGUCUCAUGAGAAAAGUCACUUUCUUUGAUGACAUUCUCCUCUGCAUGAUUUUGCACAGGAAAACGUGGGCUGAGAUGAUUAGAUGUUUCACUUUAUUAAUCCUAGAGGAAUGCUUCUUUCAGGCACAUCAAAUAAAUAACAUAUUCCCAUUUGCAAAAACAUUAGGGUUCCAAAAGUAGAACACUCGUUUAAAGUUGUAUUUCUGAAUAACAAGGGUAGGAAGAGCUUUUGAUUUUAAUUUAUGAUUAGGCAACAGCUUUUAACAAGACAAGCUGUCUGAGUUAUGUAACUUUUCUUUUUUUAAUUUUGCUUUAAUCUUUGGAGGAGAAAAACAUAAGUGGUUGAGGAUUCCAACUGUAUUCAGCACUGAGGUUAAUAAAAAUGCAGCAUAAAAUAAUGGUGCCACAAAGAUGCAGCGUAUUGUCUCAGUUUGUUCAUCCCAGGGAUGCUAAGACUACAUUCUAUGCUGGGAGAUCAUUUACUGUUACAUUUUAGGGGCACAUUUUUAGGCCGUCUAUCUAUAUACAGCGUAGUUCCCCUAUUUUAGCAUUCUUUAUUAUGCCCAGAGACUAGGUUAAAUAGAAACUAGUUCUUUAACCUUUGCUCACUAGCUAGUUUAAGUUCUGUUAAAUGUAACCUUUUUUCUGAAAACUCUUUAUUUUGUUUUAAUGGUGCACUUCGGUGGCCAGAAGGGAACAAAAGCCUGAUUAUAAAGGUUAGACUGAAGCAUGGACAAAGUUGCCUUUAUGAAAACAGAUUUAGACGAUGAAUAUAGAACGUUACGUUCCACUGUACUUGAUGGGAAAGUAACAUCAAACCACAUGUAAUGCUAAAACCUUAUGAAGUCUUUUUGACUGAGCAAGUUAGAAAAAUGACAGCAAACAGCCUAUCUCUGUGGUUACAUCAUUUCUUCUUCGUCUGCACUGUUUACAUUAUCAGAAUAUAGAUGUUUUGGAAAUUACUUAACAAUAAAGCAAAGA